AUGCCUCAAAAACACAAGCUCGACGACCAGCUCUCUCCAAGCCCCAAGAGAAGGGUCCUUGGCCCAUCCUUGCCUCCUCCAUCUCGUUCGAGCACUGGUUCGGCAAGCGACAGCGACAGCGACGACGAUUUCGGCCCAAGCCUGCCGCCGCCGGAGGGUGACCUCGCUCCCGUGGAGCAACACCAUCAGCCAGACUCGUCGACCGUCGAAACUGGCCAGAAGAAAACAGAACAGAGGGACCAAUGGAUGCUGCACCCGCCAGAGAAGAGCGACUGGGCGGCCAAAAUCGACCCAACCCAAUUGCGGAAUCGCAAAUUUCAAACGGGGAGAUCGGCUCGGAGCGGUGGCCCGCAGGCCGUCGACGCCUCAUGGGUGGAGAAUCCGGAGGAACGCAUGAAGCGGCUACAGAAUGAGGUGAUGGGCGUGGCUGCGGCGCCGGCAGACCGACAGCCCGCGCCGUCCAAGACCUCCCAGUCUAUGGAGGAGAAGAUCAAGAAGUACAAGGACAUGACCGACAAGACGUCGCGGUUGGACAGUAGCGCCACACAGACUCGUAAGGAGGAUGAUGAUGAUCCCAGCAUGCGGGCCUUCGAUCGGGAGAAGGAUAUGGCUGUCGGAUCCCGGAUAUCCACCGCCCAGCGGCGGGAGAUGGUGAAUAAGGCCGGUGGCUACACCUCUCGGUUCACCAAGGGGAGUUUUCUGUGA